UAGCAAGUAAACCAACUACUACUCCUUGUAACAUGCAUUCUCUUCCUUGGAGCAUGUCAAACUUGGUGUGCCUCCUACAUUAAUUUAAAAAAUAUGGAAUCGCAUUCUGUGCACUUGCUUUAUUGACUCUCGUCCAAUUUAACUAAUAAAAACCCAACUUUGGAAUAAGAAAACAUCAAUCUAUUGUGUACUAAUCAGAAAGAUACAUAGAAGAAGGAUGAAUAGUAGUGAAAAUGGAAAGCUGGUGUGUGUCACUGGUGCAUCUGGCUAUAUUGCUUCAUGGCUGGUUAAGUUUCUUCUCCAACGUGGUUACACUGUUAGAGCCACUGUUCGUAAUAUCGAUAAUCCAAAUAAGGUUGAUCACUUGCUUAAACUCGAUGGUGCAAAGGAAAGAUUGCAACUCUUUAAGGCAGAUCUAUUAGAAGAAGGUUCCUUUGAUUCUGCUAUUCAAGGUUGUCAUGGUGUCUUUCACACUGCUUCACCGGUUCAUUUCGUUGUCGACGACCCUCAGACACAGUUAAUUGAUCCUGCUGUGAAGGGAACUCUUAAUGUUUUGAAGUCAUGUGCAAAAUCGGCAUCAGUUAAACGAGUUGUUUUAACUUCUUCCAUUGCCACGGCUUUAUACAACGGCACGCCUCGAACACCAGAAGUUAUAGUUGAUGAGACAUGGUUUUCAAAUCCAGAAUUCUUAUUGGAAAAUAAGAUGUGGUAUCAAUUUGCAAAGACUUCAGCAGAGGAAGCUGCAAACAAAUUUCUAACGGAAAACAAUAUUGACUAUGUUGUUAUGAAUCCAGCUGUGGCGAUAGGGCCUCUCUUGCAACCUGAGCUUAACGAUAGUUCCACUUUAAUUCUUGACUUGAUAAAUGGAUCAGAAACAUUUAUGAAUGCUGCUUUUGGAUGGAUCAAUGUGAAGGAUGUUGCAAACGCGCAUAUUCAAGCAUAUGAGGAUUCUUCUGCUAGUGGAAGAUAUUGUUUGGUUGAAAGAGUGAUACAUUUUUAUGAACUUACUAAGAUUUUACUUGAUAUGUAUCCAACAUUGCAAAUUCCAAACAAGUGUGCAGAUGAUAAGCCUUUGAUGCAAACAUUUCAAGUUUCAAAAGAAAAGGCAAAGAUAUUGGGAGUUGAAUUCAUUCCCUUAGAAGUCAGCCUCAGAGAGAUAGUAGAAAGUUUAAGAGAGAAAAAAUUUAUUCACUUCUAAUUUAUGAUAUUUCAUUUUGUUUUGUAUUAAAAAACUCUGCUGCAUAAAGAUGAGUUAUUUCUUAAUGUAAAAUAAGGUUUGUACUGGAUCAUACUAAGCCAGUUCAAAUUUGAUUUUUAAACCUUACUUUGAUUUUCAAUUACAAUUCCUAGUGCUAUUAUAAUCACAUUAUGUAAUCGGUUUUUUUUAUGUAUUUGUUUUUUUUUCAUUGUUAUCUUUUAAAUAGCAAAUUAUUAAUAGUUA